UCCCUCGCAGAGCCCGAGCGGCAGCAGCGCAGAGCGGAGCAGAUCUGCACCAAGCUGCCUUUCACCCGGGACAACAACAACACGGAGACAAGUGUGUGUGUGCGCGUGCGCGCCAAGUGGGGUUUUCUAGAGUCACAGCAACUUCAGAUCGGCCGGGUAGGGGGUGUGCGCUGCUUCUCCCACCGGCGGAGCGCUACGGAGAGGAGGAACUGAACCCGGAGCGCGGAUCUGUGAGGUCGGAAGUUAUUUUGAAUAAAGGAGCAACUCGACCCGGUGCUGGAAACUUCCCAGCGCAGCAUCGAUCGAGGACCUCCCGCCCACUUCACCACUGCUCCACAGCGCAGGAAGGAGUAGAGACUUGAGCCGCCGCUGCGGUGGAUGGAGGACAAACUCGCGCCGCCUGCUUGUUUGCGCUAAAAGAGAAAUCCCUGCAACUUUGCCUGGAUCUCAUUCAAAAGGGGACCCACCCCCCCCCACUCCCCCCAGCAGCCAGGUCCUUUACCUCCGCGCAAACUCUCCCAUUCAGCCACGAGGAAGAAGAGGACGGCUGCAGGCGUCAAAUUGAUGCUUUGGCACGGGGGAGGCGCGCGGCCGAGCCUGUAGUUGUGGUUUUUUGGUUUUUUUUUUUUUUUUUUUUUUUUUUUAAGGAAAAAGUCUCCCGCGGCUCAUUGUGAGGGAGUUUGUGGUCCGAAGUGGGAUUUGCAGAAGUUGCAUGCGUGGUCUUUAACAUCUGGAGUGAGCCUGACCCCCCUCCCCAUCCACCCACCCCCCCUGCAGAUCCAUCCGCUCUCGGGUUCUCAGACAAGACCCGGAUAGCUGAGGUGCCAUGGCGCUGCUGCGCGCGGGGAUAUGGACGCUCCUGUUGGCACUGCACACCCAAGUUGGCGAUGGGCAGAUGGUACAAAUGGACCCCAGUAAGUCUGGCUUCGUUGGCUCGCAAGUGGAACUGCGCUGCAUUUUCAUCAACAGCAACCCGCCAGUCAAGAUUUCUCAGGUUACCUGGCAGAAGCUGCUCAAUGGCACAAAACAGAACGUCGCCAUCGCCAACCCAGCUCUAGGCGUGUCGGUCCUGUCGCCGUUUAAGGAGCGGGUCAGCUUCAAGCAGGCAGCGGUUCGUCACCGUACGCCCUCGCUGGAGGACACUACCAUCGUUUUCUCCAACUUACAGCUGUCCGAUGAAGCGGCCUACAUCUGCGAGUAUACCACGUUUCCUGCCGGCAACCGGGAGAACAUGGUCAACUUGACGGUGUAUGCUCGACCAAUGACACGCAUGACGCUGACAACCCCAACCAUCGUGGCCAGGGGCCAAAGGCGCAAGAUGACCGUCGCAACUUGUGUGUCGGCCAAUGGGAAGCCGCCGAGCGUGAUCAAAUGGGACACAAGGUUGAAAGGUGAAGCGUCUUACCAGGAGACCCGCAACCAGAAUGGGACGACGACGGUACGGAGCAACUUUAUGGUCAUACCGAGCCGGGAGACCCACAAACAGAAGCUCACGUGCAUCGUGACGUACCAAAAUGACAAGAUCCCAGACAGCGUGGUGCUCAACGUCCAGUAUGAACCUGACGUGAAGAUCGAAGGGUUUGAUGGGAACUGGUUCCUGAAACGCCAGAAUGUGCAGCUGACCUGCAAGGCCGACGCUAACCCCCCUGUCACGAUCUACCAGUGGAAACUCCUGAACGGCUCCCUGCCCAGCAAUGUGGAGAUCAAGAACAACACUCUGCACUUCAAGGGGCCGGUGACCAAUGACCUGGCAGGAACCUACGUCUGCGACGCCACCAACGGCAUCGGGACUCGCACCGGCAUCGUUGACGUCAACAUCACAGAGAAGCCAAUGGCGCAGGGCCCUCCAGGUGGUGUUAUCGGGAUCCUUGGAGGUGUUGUUGCCAUUGGACUCAUCAUCGGUGUGGCUGUUACUGUUUUUAUGGUCCAUCGGCGACAGCAGAAGACUCGCACCGAGACAGAUAAUGACCUCAUUGCUGUUGCUGCUGUUGCUGAUAGUUGUGUGACACAGGCUCCAGAGAAGCCAGAGUCCCUCACAAGGACCGACCUCCCACCUGCCCACAAGCCCGCCCCGCCCCCUCCCAAAAAGAAGAACAGCGACAUGAAGGGUCACAUGACAUCUGAUGACAUCCAGGUGGUUCAUCUUGACAAAGAAGAGGAGAUGCAGAAGCUUCCUCUUCAGCCUCCCUAUUAUGACAUGGCCCCCUCUGAGUCGACCCCGUUCAGCGAUAAGCCGGAAACUGGGAGGCAUCCAGAAGAGCUGUUGAACCCAGCCGAAUACAUGAGCUACCAACGUACCUGCAACGUUGAACCUAUCCCAGAGUCUCAACCCACCCCUCCUUAUCCUCCCGUGACGUUCUUGCCUCAGCACCCCUAUGCUCAGCACCCGUCCAAUGAGCCCAUGUACUCCAACACGAGCUUUCCAGCCCACGGCCCUCGAGCUCCCUUCUCCUUCCCCAAGGAGCAAUCCGUGUGAAGAGCAGCAUAACUGUCUAGUUCUGAUAAAAGGAAACUCAAUCGUCAGUUGUGCAUCCGACCCCCACCGUGCAUUUUCUCUUCUCCCAUCUUAAAUCACUCGUGGGCUAUCCCAGCCAUGAAGAAAGUGUUCCUUGGUCCCCUGUGUAUUGUGCACUGCUUGCUCCACUGAAGCUGUAGGACCCUGGUCACCUUGUAAUGUUAGCUUAGCUGCCUCUAACCAUCGCUUCCACCACUUUAGCCUUCACCCCUCAGGUUCUCCACACAUCCAGUUUGCUUUUGAUCACUUCCUCACCUGUGAAUAUUUUGCUUUUUUGCCUGUCAUCUAAUCAUGUACAGAGAAUGCCGCUCAAGAUUCUUACUUUGUUUUAGUUUCUUUGUUUUUUUUUAAUGAUUCCUACAGUUUUAGUCACUUUUUAGAGGAAUGUGCUUCUUUUGUUUCUUUUCUAUUUCUCUAUGAAUCUUAUGCUUGCUUAAAAGUACUAUACUGUAUUUGUGAUCAGGUGUUUUUUUAGUGGGAAAAAGUUAAAUAAAUGCUAUUUAAUGUGUAAAUCUAAUGACAUGGACUACUCCAUUAAUUACAGUUAAUGACUGGAUUAUCACUUUAGGUUGUGAAUUGGCAGUCCUUCAACUCGGUCUCAUCUUUUUAAAAUAGCUAUUAGUGAUGAUCUAUUUCGGACUAUUAGAAGAGAAUGUUAUUGUUAAUUAAAUAAGGCAAAAAUCAAAGGGCUUCACCCAACAGCAUCCACAUUUAUCACUUCUGCUUUUUUCUUAAUAAUCCAGAUCAUUGUUUAUUAUCUAUCAGUAGUUGCCAAAGACAACUUUUAGUCAGCUUUGCUUAUUUGCUUUUUCGCCAACAUUUGCAUCAAUACAAUCCUAUUUCUUGGGAAAUAAACAUGAUGUUGUUGACUGCCACUGUCCUAGUUUAAAGCAAUGCUUUACCAUAUGCUGUAUUUUCCAUAGCUUCAUGUAAAAACAUAAGUUUGUUACAGAGUUUGAGGUUCUUUUUGGGUCAAAUUGGAGCUUUUCCUGAUGCAGGUGUAAUAAGUGAAGACAAUCACAUAGUUGGCUUGUACUCUGAAAAAGAAGCAGGUCAGUUAUUACAUUUUUAUGCUCAUAGCUAAAGCUGAAAGGAACUAACUUUCACAGAUAGCCUACACGACUAACAUAUUUAAAUAUUAUGAGAAUAUAAUUUGUACCAAAUAAAUGUAGUUUCAAGUCACUCAAAGCUGAAAAAAGCUUGCAACUGUAUUUUUAUAGACUGGUUAGUUAUUUGCACCUAUUUACAGUCCUUUGUGACUGUUACUGUCAAACCAUACAUAAGCUAAUUUGUUUAGGGCAGUAUUUCACUGGGCUUAGACUGUUGGAAGCUAGUAGUCAAUUCAAAUGUGUUAAAAAAAACAGCAAACAUUGUGUUUGCAUUAUUCUUUUGUUCUCCACUAAGUAACCAGUAAGCCACGUAGUAAGCCAUGUGGCCAUUUUGCGCAACCAAUUUUUGAAAAUGUAUUUUUUGUGUGUGUGAUCUCAUGGCUUUUAGGCCAUGCACAUUGUUUUGUUGUCUUCCUCUGCCAACAUUAUACCCAUUGUACCUACCUAGGCAGAUACCUGCAAGGAUACAUUAAGGAUGUAAUUGGUAGUGAUAAAUGUUAGAGAUAUGAUAUGUAGUUUUUGAAGGGAACCAAAUGUUCAAUAUUCGUUUGUUUCAGAGAGCUGUUCAAUUUUAAAUGGUAGUGUGGUCACAAUAUUUGGCUGUAUGUCAUGAUGUAGGCCAGAUGUAGUGAUGAGCAACAUUAGGGUUGUACCACGUGUCUUGUA